ACUGCUCCUCUGGAGAGCACACAGUCAGCUCAACGGACGAGAGUCUCACAGUAGAGCUCCGGUACAUGAGCUUAUCAGUCUCAUCUCUGCCUAACCCACCCAGAACAGUUCUCAGAAGGGAAAUACCAGGAAGAAAAUGACCUAAGAGUUGUCUUUUUGCAGUUAUUUGAAAUUUCAUUGAAAGAUUGUGGAAUACAGCGCUCUGCAUUCUGUAUUCCAGGGCUGUCUAUUCCGUUGCUCUUGUGGAUAAUGGGGAAGAGCCGGUUAUUACUGUUUGCCCUCUGGGGUGUAAUGGUUUUUGGCCUAUUCCCAAAUCUUGAAGCUCAGGAUGCCCCUGCGACAGCCGACCUUGUACUCUUAAUUGACGGAUCAGAGAGCGUUGGAGCUGCCAACUUCCCCCUCGUCAGUGAUUUGGUGGUCCAAGUGAUUGAGGAGCUUGCCAUUGGCAGGGAUGCAAUCCGUGUAGCCCUCAUGGUUUAUGGUGCCAACCCUGAGAUUCAGUUCUAUCUCAAUAGCUUUGACAACAAAGAGAGUAUCCUCAGUGCUAUCCGGGGGCUUAGGUACCCUGGUGGUUAUGAGGCAAAUCUGGGGGCCGCUUUGGAGAAGGUGGCAGACAGUCUAUUGGGCCAAGAUGCAGGAAGCAGGGCAGAGGAAGGGGUGCCCCAGGUGCUGGUGGUGAUCAGUGCUGGGGAGUCCACCGAUGAUGUCAGUCAGGGCGAGAGGGCCCUAAAGCAGGCCAGUGUGUACACCUUUGGCAUUGCUGUGGGUGUUUCUGCUACUGCCCAACUGGAAGCUAUUGCUACAGACAAAAGCUUUGUUCUGUCUGCUCCUGAUGUCAGAACAGUGGCAAGCAUGGGUGACCAGAUACUGCCAUACAUUAAUGGGGUCGCCCAGCGCACCAUUGUAAUUCAAACAGAUUUCACAGAAGCUUUGGCUGUUGGGAAGAGAGAUAUAAUUUUCCUCAUUGACAGUAGCAUGGGUACCAUCGUAAUCAAUGCAGUGCGAGAAUUCAUCAAAAGGUUUAUUGACACCAUGCCAAUUGGUCCUGAUCAGGUGCAGGUCGGAGUGGCCAUGUUUUCCACCACCCCAAGGAUGGAGAUCAACCUCAACUCAUUCAGUUCAAAGGAAUCACUAAGCUCUGCCCUCGCAAAAAUAAAACCCAAACCUUCAGUUGAAGUCAACAUUGGUGCUGCCUUGGAUUUUGUGAGGACCAACAUGCUCACAGCUGAGAGUGGGAGCCGCAUUCAAGAUCAAGUGCCACAGCUUGUGUUGCUCCUAACCAGUAAAAAAUCCAAAGACAGUGUCCAACAACCGGCUGAUGCCCUUCAUCAAAUGGGUGUUCUGACUUUGGCUGCAGGCUCCAGGGCUGCCGAUGAAGCUGAGCUCAAGCAAAUAGCUUUUGAUGACAGUGUUGUUUUCAUGCUAAAGGACUUCAGGAUGUUGCUGCGCAACCCCAAAGAAAUUAUCUCCCCUCUCUCUACAUUGUCUGGUAUUAUUGUAACAGAGACUCCAACUGAAACAGGCCCAAUUGUGGAUGUUACUACAGUCCACACCCAAAGAGUUGUCCGAGACAUUGUCUUCUUGGUGGAUGGAUCUAGCUAUGUUGGAAAUAACCUGCAACCUGUACUGGACUUCAUUACCGAAGUGGUGAACAGACUAGAUGUUCGACCUGAGCGAGUGCGCAUUGGACUAAUGCAGUUUGCUGAAAGGCAGCGUACAGAGUUUUAUCUGAACACUCACAACACCAAACAGGAUGUGCUCUCUGCCAUCGCUCAGCUGAGAUUGAUGGGAGGACGUGCACUGAACACUGGUGCAGCCCUACAAUAUGCCCUAACCAACCACUUCCAGCCCGCAGCUGGGUCUCGUGGGAGAGAGGGGAUCCAGCAGGUCCUGGUUUUAAUAACAGGAGGACCAUCUCAAGAUGAGGUCAAGAGGAUUGCAGACCGUGUAGCUUUAGAGGGUGUUUUGACUUUUGCUGUUGGAGCUGGCCAAGUGGAAGAUCGUUUCUUGAAAACUGUUGCUUUUGUUGAAAAUUUGGCAUACUACAGAAGAAAUUUUGCUGACUUGUCAAGUGUUGUUGGUGAAAUUAUGACACCACUGGUCACUGUUGUUGGGGAGACUAAUACUCCAGUAGUGACUGAAAAACCAGGUCCCUCUGGUGGAGAAAGGGAUGUUGCAUUCUUGAUUGAUGGCUCCGAUGAUGUGAGAAGUGACUUUCCCUAUAUCCUUGACUUCAUUUCCAAAGUCAUUGAGCCUCUAGAUAUAGGCUUUGAUAAAGUACGAGUUUCUGUGGUCCAGCAUAGUGAGAGACCAAGUCCUAACUUCUACUUGAACACUUACCGAACCAAAGAUGAGGUGCUGAGAGCUGUAAGUGGACUCACUCUGGCAGGUGGCAGAAGUUUAAAUACUGGAGCUGCCUUGACUUUCAUGAAAAACACCAUUUUGUCACCAGCAAAUGGUGGUCGAGCCGGUAAAAAUAUUCCCCAAUUUUUGAUCGUUUUGACUGGGGGAAGAUCUAGAGAUAGUGUCAGAGAACCUGCAGUUGCCCUAAAGACUGAGGGAGUUGUUCCUUUUGGUGUUGGAGUGAAAAAUGCAGACCCUAAACAGAUUGAGGCCAUCUCUCACAAUCCAUCAUUUGCUUUCAAUGUGAAGGAAUUCAGCCAGCUCAACACUGUUCAGGAAAGGCUCAAGAACUAUGUGAAACUUCCAGAUCAAGAACUGAAGUUCAUUCUAGACACAGCAGAGUCCGAAGGACCUAAGAAGGACAUCAUCUUUGUGAUUGAUGGCUCUGAAGGUGUUGGUAGAGAGUUCCCAAUUAUCCAGGAGUUUGUGCGUAGAGUUGUGGAGACCCUCAAUGUUGGCGAGAACAAGAUCCGAGUAGGCGUGGUGCAGUAUGGAGAUUCACCAUAUGCAGACAUAUACCUCAACUCACACAGGACCAAAGAAGGUGUUCUAAAUGGCAUUAAGGAACUCCGACAGCGAGGGGGGAGACAGCGUAACCUUGGACGGGCCAUUGACUUUGUUAGUCGUGAAGUUCUGACUUCUAGACGUGGUGGAAGGAAACAGGAGGGAGUUCCACAAUUUGUUGUUGUGGUUUCAGGAGGAAAAGCAACAGACAAUAUAAGACCAUAUGCAACAGCACUGAAACAGUCAGGAGUCAUCCCCCUUAGCAUAGGAACAAGAGACGUGGACACUCAGGAAUUGCAAGUGACAUCCUAUGUCCCCAGAUUUACCUACACAGUUGAUGACUUGCCUGGACUAUAUACAAUUCAGGACACACUCAUCACCACCCUGACAGAGCUAUCUAGUGAGGAGUUAGCCAAAUUGCGCCCUGUGUACCCUACAGAGACUGUAAUUCCAGUACCUCGCGGAGAUAAAAGGGAUGUUGUUUUCCUUAUUGAUGGCACAACAAAGAUGCGCACUGAGUUCCCUGCCAUAAGAGACAUGGUUCAGCGAGUGGUGGAGAAGUUAGAUGUUGGUCUUGACAAUGUGAGAGUCUCAGUUGUGCAGUACAGUGAUGAUCCCAAUCUGGAGUUUCUUCUCAAUGAGCACUCCACUAAGGAUGAAGUUCGCCAGGCAAUACGAAGAAUGAGAAGCAAAGGUGGCAAUCAGCUUAACACUGGCCAAGCUCUGGAAUAUGUUUCAAAGAACAUCUAUCAAAGAUCAGCUGGAAGCCGUGUAGAAGAGGGUGUGCCCCAGUUUCUCAUCUUGGUAACCGGAGGAAAGUCAAAUGAUGAUGUGUCUGGCCCUGCUAACCAACUCAAGUCAAGCCGCGUUGCUCCCUUAGCAGUUGGCGCUCAUAAUGCUGAUGAAGAGGAGUUAAAAUUAAUUUCCUUUAGUCCAGAACUAACAUACACCAUUAGAGACUUCCAGCAACUUCCAAGAGUGGAGCAAGAGCUUUUAACCAAAGUCAGUACCAUGACCAGAGAUGAAAUUGUGGCCCCCACUGUGCCUAAAGUCCCACUCAAUCUUGGAAGAAAGGACAUCAUCUUCCUCAUUGAUGGCUCUGACAGUGUUGGACAAAGCGGUGUUGCUCACAUUCGUGACUUUAUCUUGAAAGUGGUUGAUCAGCUAGAUGUACGACCUGACCAAGUUCGUGUGGCUCUGGUACAGUAUGGUGAAAGACCUCAAACUGAAUUCUCUUUGAACUCCCACAACAACAAGCAAUCUGUCAUCUCUGCCAUUAAGAGAUUGCGUCAUAUGGGUGGACGUGGUGCUGACCUAGCUGAGGCGAUAAAGUAUGUCAUUCGAAAUGAGCUCCAGGCAACUGCUGGGGUACGUCUUGCGCAAGCUUCCCAGCAUUUAGUUGUGCUAACUGGUGGAAGAUCAACCUCUGAUGUAUCUACUUAUGGCCCGCUUCUCAAAGGCUCUCGCAUCAAUUGUAUAGGAAUUGGUACAGAAAAUGCAGACCCAAGACAGCUGGAACAGAUUACUACCACUUCUGAUGACAUCCUGCAGGUGGCUACAUUCCCAAAUCUUCCAAACAUACAGAGCAAAUUUAUAGCCAGGCUUAAUGGAACAAUUAUAGAGGAGCCUCCUACUUACUUCGAAGAGAUAGAUCCUGUACUCCCACAGGCCAAGGCUGCUGACAUUGUGUUUUUGGUUGAUGGCUCAAUCAAUCUUGGCAGGGACAAUUUUAAAGAGGUUAUGGAAUUCAUUCUCAAUUUAAUUGACCUGUUCUUCACUGAGAGAGACAAUCUUCGAAUUGGUCUAGCACAUUAUGCUACAGAUGUGACCGAUGUGUUCUACCUCAAUACUUACAAAAAUAAGGAUGACAUUAUCAAUGCCAUAACUCGAGCAGAGUACAAGGGAGGUCGGGAAAUUAAAACAGGCAAUGCCAUUCGCCAUGUUCAGAAAACACACUUUGUAAAAGCAAGAGGCAGUCGGAAGGAUGAGGGAAUUCCACAGAUCCUGAUGGUAGUCACUGGUGGACGGUCAAGGGAUGACAGCAAAUCAGCGGCACUAGCUCUCAAAGACAGUGGUGUGCGCAUCUAUGCUGUUGGGGUGGGUGACACGGAGGACGAGCUCAAUAAUUUGGGCAGUGAAGCUACAACAGUGGCCCGAGCCAGCACCUUCCAAGAGCUCUCUGAACUGAAUGAGCAGAUUUUGGAAACACUGGAUGAUGAGGUGAAAGGAAUAGGACUGUGCACUGGAGUAAAGAAUGCUACACAAGAAUGCAAGUUGGAUGUUCUUGUCGGGUUUGAUGUGGCUUCACAGAACAUCUUUGCUGCUCAAAGGUCAUUAGAGACGAAGGUGAAUGCUAUUCUCCAACGCAUUACCCAGAUGCAGCCCAUCAGCUGCACUUCUGGCCAGGUUCCCUCAAUACAAGUGGGCAUGCUAGUGAUGGACUCUGCCUCUGAGCCUGUUCAGCUGGACUUCACCAACAGAUACACAGAGCUUCUUGGGCCCUUUAAGGCCCUCCGAAACCGUGGACCUUUUGUUCUAAACGGUGCGACAAUCAAAGCAUAUGCUGAUAGAUUCAAGAGUCAGCCUUCAGAUAGUGUCAAGGUUGUGAUCCACUUAACUGAUGGAUUAGAUGCCCAGUAUAACAUCCUGAAAGAGCGAGUUGAUCUGAUGCGUUCAGCUGGUGUCAGUAGUUUCAUUCUUGUUGCCCUGGAGAGAGUGCCACGAUUUGAGGAUGCAGUUCUCUUGGAAUUUGGCCGUGGCUUUAGGUACACACGACCUCUGCGUGUCAACCUCAUGGACUUGGAUUAUGAACUUCUGGAAGAACUGGAUAACAUUGCUGAGCGGGAAUGCUGCUCUGUUCCGUGCAAGUGUAAUGGCCAGAGAGGGGACAGAGGAGCUGUUGGUGUUCCUGGAUCAAAGGGUCAAUCUGGUGGUGAAGGCUUCAGUGGACAUCCUGGUGAUGAAGGCGGUCCGGGAGAGAGAGGUCCACCUGGUGUAAAUGGAACUCAAGGAUUCCAAGGAUGUCCAGGUCAAAGAGGUGUUAAAGGAUCUCGAGGAUACAAUGGUGAAAAGGGUGAAAUCGGAGAGAUUGGUUUAGAUGGAAUCAAUGGAGAGGAGGGAACAAGUGGUGUUGCUGGCCCUCCAGGAGAUAGAGGAAACCCUGGCCAAAUGGGGCCUAAAGGGGCCAAAGGCCAGGCAGGAGAUGUUGGUCAGACUGGAAUCCGUGGUGAUCCAGGCAUCCCCGGAAGAGACAACAACCAGAGGGGUCCAAAAGGGGAUCCAGGCGAUGCUGGCCCACCGGGAGAGCCAGGCGUGGAUGGAAAUAAGGGAGGUCCUGGUGAACCAGGCAGACGGGGCCCUGAUGGUAGAAGAGGGCCUCCUGGCCAAGCUGGUGCUCCUGGAAGGCCUGGAAGUGAUGGUUUACCAGGAGAGACAGGAAUUGGAGGAUCUCGGGGUCCCGCUGGACCAAUUGGAGCACCUGGUAUUAGAGGAGAGGAUGGAAACCCUGGUCCAAGGGGGCCAGGAGGAGUGCCAGGACCUGCUGGAGAAAAGGGUAGAAGAGGAGCCGUUGGCCGAAAGGGUGAACCAGGGGAGCCAGGACCUAAAGGUGUCGUUGGACCCUUGGGACCCCGUGGGGAGCCUGGUGAGGAUGGACGAGAUGGGUUUGGUAUACCUGGUCCCAAAGGAAGAAAGGGUGAUGAAGGUUUCCCUGGUUUCCCAGGUCCAAAGGUUGAAGCGGGUGACCCUGGUUCAAAGGGAGGACCUGGACCUAGGGGAAACAAUGGCCAGAGGGGUACCUCAGGGGAACCUGGUGGACCUGGACAAAAGGGAGAUAUUGGAUACCCAGGGCCCUAUGGCCGAAAAGGAUCCAGAGGAACUGGUCCGGUGCCAUGUGAUCUGGUCAAGAAAAUUAGGGAUAACUGUCCCUGCUGCUAUGGUGCUCAGGAAUGUCCCCUAUACCCUACUGAGUUGGCCUUUGCCCUGGAUGCAUCAGAUGGUGUAUCACGCUCUGCUUUCAACAACAUGCGGGACACUGUUCUCCGCCUGGUCAGUGACAUCACUGUUGCUGAGAGCAACUGUCCCCGAGGUGCUCGUGUUGCUCUAGCGCUCUACAACAAUGAGGUGACUACUGAGAUCCGCUUUUCAGAUACCCAAAAGAAGCGAGCACUUGUUGAGCGAGUUCAAGGGCUCCAGACUCAGCAGACCCGUAAGCAGCGCAGCUUGGAGACAGCCAUGAACUUUGUCGCACAGAACACGUUCAAAAGAGUUCGCAGUGGGUUCCUUGUGCGCAAGGUUGCUGUUUUCUUUGUCAACGGCCCUGUUACAACCACACAAGAAUUCAGUGCUGCUGCUCUACGCCUCUACGAUGCAGGAAUUUCCUCUGUAUUCCUCCUUAACCGUGAAGAUCGCCAACUCACAAGAGCCUUGCAGCUUAACAACACUGCUUUAGCCCAGAUUAUCGUCCUACCCUCACCUGGAAGUCCUGAAUACAACAAUGGCAUCAAGAAGAUCAUGACCUGCCAUAUCUGCCGGGACUUCUGUGCCCCGGAUCAGAUGUGUGAUUAUAUCCCUGCGCGUGGAGUCCGAGACCGAAGGGAUCCCACAACUGACUUGGACAUCGACAUGGCCUUCAUUCUUGAUAGUUCAGAGAGCACCUGGCCCUCUGUCUUCACAGAGAUAAAGCAAUAUGUGGCUUUAAUGACAGAACAGCUAGAGAUGUCCCCUGAGCCGGCCAGCACUACCCAUCAUGCUCGAGUAGCACUUGUUCAGCAUGCACCUUAUGAAUACUUGCACAAUGGCAGUGGCAUUCCCAUCAGCGUGACCUUUGGUUUGACAGAUCACAAGUCACCAAACAGUGUCCAAAGCUUCCUACAGGAUAAGGUGCACCAGCUGGAAGGAGGACGCGCCCUUGCAGAUGCUCUUGAAGGCACUGUUGAGCAUGUGUUUGAGAAGGUGCCACAUCCCCGCCAUUUGAAGGUAUUAGUUCUGUUGGUGACUGGACCAGUUGAACUGCAUGAGGAGAGGAUAAUAAGGGCUGCCACUGAAGUUAAAUGCAAAGGAUACUUCAUAGUGGUGAUGGCAGUUGGAAAGCUGUUCAGUGCAGGUGAUGUCCGUGUCCUGACCCAAGUGGCAAGUGAGCCUUCAGAUGUAUUCUUUAAGAGGGUGGAUAGACCUUCAGGCUUCUAUGACGACCAUAUUCAGACAUUUGCCAGACUGUUGCCCAAGUACCUUGGCCUUGAAAAUGCUUUCUACUUGUCACCUGAAGUCUCUAAGAAGUGUCAGUGGCAUCAGAGUGACCAGCCACACAAAUUCCCAUUCAGUUUGCCACAAACAGAGAAACACCAGAAGCAUCAUGGACAGCAGGAGGUUCAUGACAGAAAACAUAUUGAAACAGGUAUGGAGAAAAUGCAUCUGGUUAAUGUCACCUCCAGUGGAUUUGCCCUACAGUGGUUGAGUGGUGAUUCAAAGGCCACCCAUGAGGUUACUGUGACUCGCCUGAAGGAUCAUAGUCUAGUGCUAAGGAAAAAUGUGACCGGCAGCCAUCUCUCCAUUUCUGAGUUGGAGGCAGUCGAAACCUAUCACGUAGUGGUCAACACUCACAGUGUCAAUGGUCAUGUUGCCAGUACCUACAAAGGCAUUGUUCCCACAAAAUCAGCACAUCUGAAGGUCCUUACUGUAAAUGACGUGAUGGGGAUUGUGCCCACUGCACCAUUGAGUAAACCAGAAACAAAAACGGUAGAACAGAAGGUUACGAGUGAAGCAAUGGGGAUUGUGUCCUCUGCACCCUUAAGUAAACCAGAAAUAAUUAACAAUCUUAUGGACCCAUGUUCACUUGACUUUGACAAUGGACUGCCAUGCAAAAAUUACCAAGCUAAGUGGUACUUUAACAGAAAGAAUGGAUUCUGUACACAGUUCUGGUAUGGAGGUUGUGGAGGAAAUGACAAUAGGUUUGAGACUGAGGCUGACUGCCUCAAACACUGCAUGAAGACAGUGGCUGAACCUAAAGCAAGUGAAGAGCAUGUCAAAGCAGUUCUCCCCCCAGCACCAGCUCCAGCAGCCCUGCACUCCAGUGUGGAUAUCUGCAAGCUACCAAAAGAAGAGGGCUCCUGUGCUAAAUUUGUGCUUAAAUGGCAUUAUGACCCGCUUGGAAACUGUACCCGCUUCUGGUACGGAGGAUGUGGAGGGAACCAGAAUCGCUUUGAUACACAAGAUGAGUGUGAGAAGGCUUGUGGAAAAGCAGCACCUGUUAAACAAGGGAUCAUCGCUGCGGUUAAAACAUAGGAACUAAUGAAGACUGUAAGCUAACCACUGACAGCACUCAGAGGAUAUAGCACCUAAAACAAGAAGCACAGCCACAGCCAAGACGCCUGCACUGGACCUUACCAGAGGAUUGAUCCAAAGACAACCUUGAAGUAGUAUUUUCCACAUAAGAAAAAAGCAGAACAAGUUUCUUUGUUUUGUGCUGGUGCUACAUUCAGUUUCUUUCUUUUUUUAAUUGUUUUAUUUUUCUUGUGUGUGUGGGUUUGAAUAACACCCACUGUAAAUGUCCAGG